AUGUUACAUUAUUUCAUUACCUAGAUCUCGAUGAUGGACGAUUGAAUUAUGGGUAGAGGCAAUAGUGCUCUUGAUUUUAUUAUUUUUCUUCUUUUAAUUUAUUGUUUGAGUUAUGUAUUUGGUGAAUCAACUACUAUGAAAGCAGAAUUAGAAUGCGAGUUCCCUCCGAGAAUUGAGAAAGACUUUACCCAUAUAAGACGGAAACGUCUGACAACUGAUACAGGCCUUGUUUGUCUGGAAGAUUAUCCGUAUACUGUGUCUAUUAGAUUACACUCGAAGCAUUGGUGUGGAGGAGCAAUUGUUGGAAAGCAAUGGAUAUUAUCAGCAGCCCAAUGUUUUGAUUAUGUGACCAGUGAAGAAGUAACAGUGCGUAUGGGUUCUGUGUUUAGAGACUUCGGAGGCCAAAUCCUAUCAGUGGUGGAUAUCCAGCGGCACCCGAACUAUAAAUUGGAUCAUUACUAUCCAGAUCAUAAUCUUGCUUUGAUUAAGGUAAACAUUCCAAUUGUUAAAAAUGCACGCAUGCAAGCCGUAUCGUUAGCGGUGGCUAACUCAGAUUUGCCUCUGCUGUUCGGGGAAGUGGUUGUCACCGGAUACGGCUCUGUGAAAACGGGGCAAAUCCGUGAAGGUAUCAACCAGGAGCUUCGUCGGAUGCUAGUUAAAGAAUUUCCACGAUCACAAUGCAGGAUUGUCUAUGGAAAUGACUAUCACAUACAACAUGACCACAUGUGUUUACAAAGUCUCGUUAAAGGCAUUGCGCUUUGUGCGGGAGAUACCGGCGACCCAGCUGUGCAUUUUAGCGGAAUUAACCGAGGUGGUACGUUAUUUGGUAUAGCAUUAUUCUCAGGAACAGAAGAAUGCGCCUAUAAAUCUAAGCCAGGAGUAUACGCUAAGGUAUCGUACAGUAGACAGUGGAUAGAUAAAGUUAUCAACGAGACAGAGUACAAUGAAAGUGCAGACAGUGGGGAGAAUGCAAUACCUAUUGAUGUGAAAUAACGGCCUUAAGUUUAGCGAGUGUUUAGUUAAUUAUUGUUUUCUCCCUUCGUCAUCUUUGAUUAGACAUUCGAAAGAAAGAGGGAGAUCAUCGUUUAA